AUGCUCCUGCUGUCCAGCACCGUGGGCCUGGCAGGCCUCCUCCUCUGGGUGAGCCAGACGGCAGAUGCUUUGAUGAUGCCCAAUGCCACUGUGGUCCUGGCCCGGCUGGAGGGCACGGCUGUGAGGCCUCAGAGAGGCCUAGAGAUGUUCUGGUACCCCAGGAAGCACCACAUUUCUGCAUUGGACAUCGUGACCUUAUUGGAUUAUCACAACCACAUUCGGGCCAGCGUGUACCCACCUGCUGCCAACAUGGAGUACAUGGUCUGGGAUGAGACGCUGGCCAGGACCGCUAAGGCCUGGGCCCGCCAAUGCAUCUGGGACCAUGGGCCCUCACAGCUGAUGAGAUUCAUAGGCCAGAACCUCUCCGUCUUUUCUGGCGGGUACACCUCCAUAUUGGAGCUUGUGAAGAUCUGGGCCAAUGAGAAGUGGAAUUAUGGGUUCCCGGUCCCGAGCGAUUGUGCCCCACGCUGUCCCUGGUACUGCACUGGCCCUGUCUGCACCCACUACACCCAGAUGGUGUGGGCUUCCUCCAACCGGCUGGGCUGUGCCAUCCACAACUGUGAGCGCAUCAACGUGUGGGGCAGCAUCUGGUACCAGGCUGUGUACCUGGUGUGCAACUACGCCACCAAGGGCAACUGGAUGGGUGAGGCGCCCUACAAGAUGGGGAUGCCGUGCUCCGCCUGUCCCCCCAGCUAUGGAGGCAACUGCUACAACAACAUGUGCUUCCAGGGGUUCAACUACAAUAAGUUCCUGGGAUCCGAACCCUCCCAGCGCUUUGGGGCACCUGUAGCUGGGUUUGGCCCUCUAAGAAUCCCUCCUGGAAGAUAG